AGUCAGAUGUACGCAUGCGCUGAAAUGUUGCACAUGCGCGCUGCAAAUCUUACCGGGAAGUUACGUUUGUUCUCGAUGAGCAUGUAAACCCAGUAAGCUAAUGUAUGACUUAGGCACUGACUUAAAAUAGCAUUAGGACUUUCUGUUGAUAUCGACGUUCAAAAAGACAGAACCGUUUUCCUGAGACUCUGAAAUCGGAGGUGUGAAGACAUGCGUUUAAAGCGGUCUAAAGUCAAGUGAGAGUAAAGUAUUCAAGUGAGGGUUUGUUUUUCUGUGUCCGAGAAUGGAGGAAGAAAGAGAGCAUGUCAGAGCUCACAAAGGGCGUACAGACUUUCCUUCCUCUCUCAUGGUAAAGAAAGCAGAGUCGUGUGUGGUUUGCAGAACAAAACUGAGCUUCAGCUCAGAGCCCAAACUUCUGCCGUGUCUCCACAUGAUGUGUAAAUCGUGUAUUGUAAAAACAACCGAGGACAACAACGCCAAAGAAUGUCCGGUGUGUGGCCAGUCUUUCUACAUGUCUGAAGUUACAGAUUGCUUCAUUUUCGAGGACUCUGCCCCUAAGUGUGGAGGAUGUGAAGAAUCUGCCCUUGUUGGAUGGUGUCAGGAGUGUGGGGAAGCUUUGUGUUCAGAUUGUGUAUUUGCUCAUCAGCGAGUGAAGGUGACGCGCAACCAUACAAUCAUACCAAAGGAAUCAGGCUUGAGUACAAGCUUGCGCUGUACUUCACACAAACAGGAGCAACUCAAGUUCUUUUGUGUCACCUGUGAUCAGCUCACCUGUAGAGACUGUCAGUUGAUUGACCACAGAAACCACAGUUUUUUGUUACUGGAAGAAGCGUUGGUUUCUCAGAAAGAACAGCUCAAGAAGCUGCUGGACAGCAUCAGUGAGCAGAAAAACAGUGUGCAGUCCAGGCUACAGGAUCUGGAUAAAAGAUUGCAUGAUAUAAAGGGAUUAAAAGCAUCAUCAGAGAAGCAACUGCAAAAAGUGCUACGCUCCCUGUAUCUUUCUUUGGUGUUGCGAUGUCGUCAACUGUCUACGGAAUUGGGGGAUUUGUGUGAUGAGGAGGAGAAGAGCCUGGAGGUGAUGAAGAUGAGUCUGAAAAAGCUGGAGGACAGGCAGGAGUACAUCACUGCUUUCCUUCAUAAAAUCCUGAGCACUGAGGGGCAGUGUAUCCUGCGACACAAGAUGCAAAUUGACAAAUGCACACAGAGGGUUCUGUCACAGAAUAAACCCCUGCCUGAUACCAUGAUUCAUCUUUCACUCUCACUUAAUCAACAAACGUGCAGUAUUAUUAAGAAUUUUGCCUCUUUUAAGGUGACCCGUGUUCCUCUUCCUGCCAAAGGAAAAAACAGCAAUGGCAAUAAACCCAAAAAUACACCUACAGAUUCAGACAGAAACUCCUCAGGAUUAAAUUCAGAAUCUGGUGCAACUUUGUCAGUAUCUGAUACAGCAUCCACUCAAACUACAUCCCCUUCAAUAUCCCAAGCUGCCUCUGUUCUUCCACAACAUGAACAGUCUGAUUCUGCCUCAUCAAAACCAGUGCAACCCACCCGGAGCUUAAAAGACACUAUGAGCCAUGCUAGUUCUUCCUCUGUCUCCAAUAACUUUACUCCUCCUCCUGCUCAGAGCAACAUGACUCCAUAUGUAGUUUCACAGGUGGGAAAGCAUUUGCCUCAGUCUGUGUACCCUCAAGCCUCACAGUCGCAGCAGGUCUUCAAAAGUCAGUUUUGCCCACAGCCUACAUCUGUCCUUCAGUCCACCUCUUCUCCUGACCAAAGUGUUUUAAAUAAUAUUUCUUCAAAACUUCCUCAACAAAGCAUUGUGUUGCCUAAGGUUUUCUUACCACAGUCUCAGUCUGGUGCUGUCCUUGUUGCAGCAGCUCCUUCUGGCCAUGCUUCUCGCCCCUCUAUUGCCGGUCCCUCUGUCUUAGUCCAGACAUCCUCAUUCCAGACGUCACAAACAAGUAGCAUAACCAACACACAAUCUCUCACACUCAGCAGUAACCGGUUUGUUCCCUCUUUUAUCACAUUAUCUCCUUUUGCUCAGUCUAGUCAGGCCAUAUCUAACUCACACCCAUCUACUUUAAAUUCUUCAUCUGACAAAACACAACAAAGCAUUCUUCACUCUCAGACAGUUUCUGAUCAAUCUUUCCCAUCUCACACUGCACCAACUAAUAAAGUCCUUCAUUACUCUCCAGCUGUCUCUGAAACGGUGUCUGAAAAUGUACAGCCUUCUCAGUCUGUUGGCACCCAGUCCAAUCGUUUACAGCUCACUCUACUUACAGUACCAAACAUCAUUUCUCCUCUCAACUCUGGAAAAGCAUGGAAACUCUACCAUUACACUCCUAUUUUGACUGUAAAUAAUGGCACCAUUCUCAGCUGUGCACCACAGCCAGAUCCAGGGCUCACCACUGUACCAGGCAAUAGUAAUAAAGAACUGGAACCCCCAGCACCCAGCACACCUCCACUUCUUGCUGCUCCAAUUCCCAGUACGUGUAGUAAUACAGGUCUAAUCGAGUGUGGCACUCAGACAAUCCAAAUACCAAAACGUGAUCUCCCAGUGAAGGCUCCAGCUGAUUCUGUUUGUGAUGGAGAUGCGAGUGUUUGCAGUAGGGCUUCUCCCAUUGCUAAGGAGUCGGACAGCAACCUACAUGCUUCCACUGUGCAGGGAAAAGAAAUAACAGCCAGAAAAGUCUUAGAAGUGCAUCAGCCACAAGAUCCCCCUUCCAUUUCCUCGAUCAAGGACUGCCCUAAUGAUCAGAGUAUCUUUACUUCGUCUGAAUCAACUCCCUCCAUCAAAGGAAACCCCUCAACCAAGCACUGGCUUAAAGGCCUGCCAUCAUCCUUCAGAGAGAUUCUUUGUAGUAAAAUGAAAGUGCAUCCCCAGGAUGUUUGCUCCAGACCUGCCUUAGAACAUGCAUCCAUCCCUAAUGCAAAGCAGGAUCAUGAAAAGACUGAUGCUAAUGAUUCUGAAGUGGUGGAGGGGAUGGAUGACUCAAAGGAAGAACCCAUAUCAACACAGAACAGCAAUAACAGGAAUCUGCUUGUAUCGCUCCUCCGGUUGCCCAUCUCAGGAUCUUCUCUGUCUCAAUUUCGAAUAGUCCCCAGUAGCCAAAAGGAUGAAAUUGUGCUUCAGGAGAUUGAUGAAAACAAGUCAAUCCAGAGGUGUCUUAGGAUAGCUGCACCCCCAGCUGGUGCUUUACCCUUGCAGUCCUGCAGUUCUAAGUGUUCUCUGCUGGUUGAUGUACUGGACUGUGUUGUGUGUCUCUCUGCUGGAGCCUCACUGCAGUGUGCAGAAUGUGGUAGAAGCUUCCACACCAGCUGCCAUGUCCCACCGAUCAUUUUUAAUCCGACUGCAAUGUGGGUAUGCUCCCUGUGCCAGGAUCUGUUGGAUGAUACUGACCCAUUCAGAUGCAACAGACUUAAGGAACCCUACCUAAGUCUGCCGGACCAGAGACGGUGUGAACAACUUUUGCUCUCUCUAAUGUGUGAAAAUCAUAGCUACCUGCUGUAUAAAACUAUUAAGCAACCUGCAGGUUGUGUGGAAUUUGGCAUAAUUGUAGGUCGCCUGCUGGGAAAACGCAGCCCUCCAUACCGCACAGCAGCUGAAAUGGUUUCAGACCUCUGGGCCCUUUUUCACAACUUGUCAUCAAAUUCCACGAAGAAAGACUUGGUUGUGAAUCUCCAAAGCUCCUUUCAGCAACGAUUGAAUGUAUCAUUUGGGAAAAGCAUCCAUGCUUCUCUGCUGAGACCUCUGAGCAAUGGAGACCACAUGAGGGCACCAGAGACAGAGCCUGAUCGAGAAAAGGCCAAAAAUACUUUAAAGAGAAUGAAAGCAUUUCUAGCUGCAAACUAUACUCCAGUGGCAAAGAAAGUUCGCACUGAGAAUACAUAAAGGACCUGCAGUAUUUUUCAAGGACGAGAUCAAUUGGUUUUCAGUCUCUAAUUGUUUUCUAUAGGAAUAUUGUGUCUUCAUUGCCCUGGGUAAUAAAAGCCAGGUCAUACAUUUUGUUGACUUGUUUUGAAACAUUUUUUGCAGCAAAUCUUUAUGUACCAGGAACUGGCAUGUUAAAUGUUGGCCAUGUAUAUUGGUGUAUUUUGCAUUUUUGUCGUUGUUUAACAAUUAAAUUAAAGGUGUGUCAAAUCUC